GCGAUUUUCCAAUUAUCAGAAAGAAGGAUGAAGAAGUUACUCCUAGUUCUCCUGCUCACCACAUGUUGCUGGGCGGGGCAGCCGCGAGUGGACCCGCUGGUGUCCACCUCGAGGGGGUUGAUCAGAGGGCUGCGCGCGGAGGACGGGGACUACGACAUGUUCCUGGGGAUACCAUACGCUGUGGUGGAUGAAAAUAAACCUUUUGGGGCAGCCACGCCACACCCCGGCUUCAGCGCUCCAUUCGACGCGUACCACGACGGCGUCCAAUGUCUCCAGAGCGCUGGAAACACCGUCAACGGCACCAUACAAUGCUUGCAGCUCAACGUAUACGUACCGAAUAAGGCCAACACCGCCCGCACUCUGCCAGUAAUAGUCUACAUACACGGCGGAGGUUUCGGGCGCAACCACAAAGGAUUGUCUAACCUGUCUCCAAAGUUUCUGAUCAAGCAUGACGUCAUCAUGGUUUCCUUGAAUUACAGAUUAGGGCCUUACGGGUUUCUGUGUGUGAGUGAACCCGGUUACAGUAACCAAGGGUUAAAAGAUCAGCUGUUAGGUAUACAGUGGGUAAAAGACAAUAUCGCAGCCUUUGGAGGUGAUGUUAAUGAGAUCACUUUAAUGGGACAAUCUGCCGGAGCUAUGAGUAUAGAUAUACACAUGUACACAAGCGAGAAACUGGCUAAGAGAUUGAUACUACACAGCGGUAACGCUUUAAAUGCUUGGUUAGUUUUACCACAAAACGAUAGCUUAGCGAUACAGGUGGCUAAAGAAAUAGGAUUCACUGGUGAUGGCAUUAAAGAGGCAUUAGACUUUCUGAGUAGUUCAGAUCCUGCAGACGUUAUAAAGACAAUUGAAGGUCUCAACACGGACAGAAAUCCAAUUUCAAGACCUUGUGUAGAACCUGAAGGAGACGGCGCAGUAUUAACUGAUUUCCCUGAAAAUCUAAAACCGAAAGUCAAAGGAAUGGACAUCAUUAUAGGGCACGCAAACAAAGAAAUUAUGUUCUUAUAUCCGGACUCUGAUAAAGAAUUUUACAGCAAUUUCAAAUUCGGUCAAGAAUUAAUCGGCGGUUUGGACGCGGCGUACGAUGAGGAAAUUGUAAAACAGUUUUAUAUUGGUGAUGAGAGACCUGGAGAACAUUUAAAGGAUGUUCUGCUAGAUUACGGAUCAGACUUCAUGUUUGUACAUCCGACCGAAAGAUCUAUAAACAGAUAUCUGGACGCCGGCGCGAAUGUGUAUCGGUUUGUGUUCUCAUAUGAAGGAGGAAGGAACAGGAACAAAAAUCGCAAACACUUGAUGUCACCGGGCGCUUCUCACGGGGAUGACAUUGGCUACUUAUUCGGCAUGGACAUGUAUCAGAAUCAAGCGAUAACUGUAAAGGAUCAGGAAAUUAUUGAUGCGAUGACUCAAAUGUGGACCGACUUCGUUAAAUACGGUGACCCGACGCCAACGCCGCCCGCAGUGCUAGGCCAGCGCUGGCGCGCGGUGGACGCGGCGCAAAGACCGUACCUGAACAUCGGGUCGCCGCUCGCGCUCGGCAGCCGCCCCUUCCACCACAGGAUGGCCUUCUGGGACCUCUACUACAAGUUACACGGGGACCAUGUACUAGGGUAUAGAGCAUAAGUCUUUAAAUCAAGAUGUCUAUCAUUGACUGUUUACUCACGUUUUUAGAUAAGAGUUAUUCUCGCCUCUUAAUCGCGACUGAUUGACGUGUGUUAAGUUAACCGCCAUUGAUAAAUUCACCUUACGAACAUAGGUUGUGUUCAAACUAUAGGUAUAUUCAUCCUCCGAUUGUUGGAAGCAUCUAG